AAAACGGUUGCGGUAUCAAUCGUCGUCUCUCAGAUUUCUCCCUCAUCUAAAGAAGCUUCUAGUUCAUGCGUCGUUCUGCAGCAUCGAAGAAGAAAUCUGAUUCAAUCACAACUUCCACCACGGAUCUCUUUCGCUCAGCUUCGAGUAAGGCGACGACUAAAGAGAUGGAUCGGAUCGAUCAUCUGUUUAAUCAAUACGCCAAUAUAUCUUCCAAUCUCAUUGAUCCUGAAGGAAUUGAGGAACUUUGCUCCAAUUUGGAAGUUUCUCAUACUGAUAUCAGAAUCUUGAUGCUUGCUUGGAAAAUGAAAGCUGAGAAACAAGGUUACUUUACGCAGGAGGAGUGGAGAAGAGGCCUUAAGGCUUUAAGAGCUGAUACAAUCAAUAAAUUGAAGAAAGCCCUUCCCGAGCUCGAAAAAGAGGUCAGGAGGCAAUCGAAUUUUGCAGAUUUCUAUGCUUAUGCCUUCCGUUAUUGCUUAACAGAGGAAAAGCAGAAGAGCAUAGACAUAGAGACCAUAUGUCAACUCCUAGAUAUUGUUAUGGGAUCUACUUUCCGAGCUCAAGUUGACUACUUUGUCGAGUAUUUGAAGAUCCAAAACGACUACAAAGUCAUAAACAUGGAUCAGUGGAUGGGCUUUUACAGGUUCUGCAAUGAGAUAAGUUUCCCUGAGAUGACAGAAUACAAUCCAGAGCUUGCAUGGCCAUUGGUUCUCGACAGUUUUGUUGAGUGGAUUAGUGAAAAGGAAGCCUGAAAAGCUGAAAAUCUUUACGAGUCUUCAAGUACUUCACUUGAGAUUGUUGGGCUUAACAAACAGUUUCAGCACAGUUUUAUUUCUUCAAACUUCAAAAAACACAUUAUAUGAUUUUUGUUACAUGUGAUUAACUUCAAUAGAGGGAAUUACAUUCUGUUUGAAAUAUUAUAUCCAGUUCUAUUAGCAACCAAUGAACGUGCCUGAACACUACUGUAUAAUGAAUGAAAGCAGAUAUCUCUUUCUGCAAUAUACGUUCAGACCAUCAGACACUGUUCUGUCUGAAGAUGAUCCGUUACUUGUUUUCAUACUAAGGAAUAGCUUGAGAAGAAACUGUGGCGGGAGACGGAAAAUAUAUAAAGAUACAAAGCAACCAUGUUUGAUGGAUCAAUUCCAACAUCAAAAUGUACAAGCAGUGACCCUGACGAUGUUUAGCCUCUCAUUGCCUGACGAUGUUUAGCCUCUCAUUGCCUUCUUGUCACAUUCUUAAGCAUAAGAUGAACGCACAGGUAUGAUACAGAUAUGUACCAAGUGGAUACAUAAUUAUUUAUGAUUAGAAUUUUAUGUGUUUGUAUCAUUCUCAAAGCCACACUACUACCAUUCUCAAAUCCAGUAUAAGAUGAAAUGGGUUGUAUAAGCUCAUCAAAACUGCAAAGAUAUGAAUGAAGUAUUGCUGUACACAAAAUAUUUAUGUUUUUUGAUCUUUAGAUUCUUUACUAAAACACCGAUGGAUGAUCACAUAACAAAUUAACAUCAUGGGAAAACCAGACGUGGCCCAAGAGAGAUGAAUUGAAAAAAGUGGGCAAAUUUUUACUUGGUUAGCCAGUAGAUGAAUAUGAGAAAUGUGCAUACAGCCGCAACUAGUGAAAGAAUGAUUGUAUCCAUUGACUUUUUCCUCUUU